CCCCGCUCUGCUCUUAGGCUCUGGACGCCCUCCUCCCUCCCUGCGCCAGCGACCAUGAAGGUCGUGUGCGUGUCCGACACCCACGGGCUGCACGACGACGCGCUGCAGGUCCCGGACGGCGACGUGUUCGUGCACGCGGGCGAUUUCACGGACACAGGCGAGCGCAGUGAGGUGCUGGCCUUCAACGAGUUCCUGGGGCGGCUGCCGCACCGCUACAAGAUCGUGAUCGCCGGCAACCACGAGUCGUCCUUCGACCGCCAGUUCUACCCGCGCUACUGGCACCAGUACGGCCACCGCCAGCAGUACGACCCCGAAGAAGUGCGCGCACUGCUCACGAACGCUCUGUAUCUCGAGGACCAGGCUGUGCUGAUCGAGGGCUACCUCUUCUACGGAACGCCGUGGCAACCCGAGUUCUGCAAUUGGGCCUUCAAUUUGCCACGAGGUGACGCGCUGCUGAAGCAAUGGAGACACAUUCCGACGGACACGGAUGUGCUGAUUACCCACACGCCACCGAUGGGCCACGGAGACCUGGUCGGGUACCAGAAUGUGGGGUGUGCCGACCUGUUGCGGGAGGUGGAAGAUCGAAUUCGCCCCAAGCUGCACGUGUUUGGUCAUGUACAUGAGGGAUACGGACGCAGCGCCAGUCCGGACGGAGCCAUCACCUACUUCAACGCCUCGGCCUGCACGCACAACUACGACCCAGUGAACGCGCCGUUCGUGUUUGAGCUGACUGGUCCUCCCAAGAGAGGUUGGCCUAAGCACACGGUACCCCUAUCGACUUCGUCUUCGUCCGACUUGGGCAUCCGACGCAGCUUCAGCACGAACGAUGUCAGCAGCCUUAGCAGCCUAUCGACUACAGACGACGAAGACGUCGACAUGGAAGCUAAUCUGCCGAUUUAUCCUGAGCCGAGAGACUACGCGUUGAUGCUGCACGAGUGGCUGCGUCAGUGCUCACACAAGCCUCCGUUCAUUGAGAAGAAGGUCGUUCAGGUCGAAACGUGCGAAGUCAAAGGCAAGGGGAAGCUGCGCGAGUUCCGUGUGGACGGCACCACAUCUGGUUUGCUGUUUGAGAGCACGCUAAAGAUCCGCCCCGUCACGAACGUGCAGAAGCGCGCAUUGCGGUAUCUCUUCUCGCAGGGUUUUAGCAGUAAUUCGGACAACUACAAGGCCGAGAACUCGGAAGGAGAAACUGUGACGGUCCACAAGGAGGUCAGCUGUGAGGUGACGACGACAAGGAUGGAGGUUGAUAGCGAGCUCAGUGAGCCAGCGAGAGAGCGGCGGAAGUACGGCAUUUCUCGUCGUGUGACGGUGGCUGUGCUGGAUGACAUCGACGAAGAUAAGGAAGGAAUGAAUGAUCGAGAUCGGGAGCACGUGCAGCAAGCGCGUGUGGCUGCUGCUGCUCUGGGCAAAGAUCCGUCUUCAGAUGCACCAGGUGCUCGAUCUGGGCGCCCACGACGCAACAAGACGCUGCAACGUCGGUCUGCCGUGCCCAUGCUGGCCUCCCUCACAGAAGAGCCAAGCGAAGCGGAAGAGAAUUGCACUACCACAGCGGAUAAGCCUUCUACGCAAGAAGAUAAGGCAGCUGAAGACACCGCUGCUGCUGCCGAGGCCAUCGUCGUGGCUCCGCCGGUUGUUGAGUGCGUGCUGUGUAAGUAUAAAGUUCCCGGUCACAUUCAUCCUGGUGCGCAACCAGCUCCAGCUCCAGCUCCAGUAGUUGCACUUACAGAAGACAAGAAACCUUCUAAAGAGGAGAAACCGAGUGAGCGGCAGAAAUCCAGAGUCGACAACCCGCCGCCAAAUCGGUUGUCGUCCUGGUUCUAG